UAUGCAGAAAGGAAACGUAACCUUCAGUCCUUCACUAUUUUGUUGUAGGCUUGGUUGGGAUACCUGCAACCUCCGAUUUGAUCAUUACAGAACAAAAAAGAUACCAAUCCAAUCCAUCCAAAUGGCUCUCAGGAUUCACGUUAUUUCCCCUUUCUUCUCAAUCUCCACCACCUCCCCCGUCGCUCUCUCCACCCACAAACUCACCAUCCGACGAAUCAACUGCACCGGCGGCGGAGAGGGCGGCAUCAACGACGCAUCCCUGGCAUCGGAGUUGGCGGCGAGGGCCGCCAGAAUGAAUGCGCAUUCGGUGAUGGCGGAGGAGGCCAUGCGCAAGAGCAGAAAGCUCCUCUUCGGAGAACUCUGCGAGUACAUGGGCCUCGACGAAGACCAGGCCCAACACAAAUGGACCUAUAUGGAUGAUGACGAGAAAUUGGUUCUCGUGAAAGCGUUUCUUGCAGAGUGGGGUUCCCAUUUUCACCCCUUGUCCGCGAGGUCCACAAAAGAGAUGUUGGAGGAAUAUCUGCGACAAGGGAACUCACCUCCCAAGUUAACUAAUUCUCCUUUCUUCUUUGAGGGACUCAACAGAAUUAUUGGUUUUCCCUAGAAUAUUAUUACUCCAAUUAGUCGCUGCUGUAUUUUUCAAACUUCAAUUUGCAUCUUUGUAUUUUUUUAGACAUUCACAAUGAAUGUGUUCAUUAUCGUUACUCUUUAAGAACAAUACACAAAAUUAACUGUUAAGUUUAUCUUGGAGAAGAAAUUUUUGAGACAUUCACAAUGAA